UUGAUAUCCAAAACUGAAAAAACCUCUCAUUAUUAUACACAUAAAUAGCUAUAACUCAACGAGAACCGCGAUAUCAUAAUGAGUGUUUGAGUCUGAUAGUUACGAGUGACAAGAUUGUAAAUAAGUGAGAGAAGCUCCUUUCCUCCCUAUAAAUUUCCCCGGAAAGUUCAUUCAUCCCCAUCCUAACUUCAUCUUUUCACUUCUCUUCUCAAUCACCCCAUUCAUAUUUCCCCAUAUUAGUCAAAGAGCUAUAUGGAAAUCUCCAAUGUGAUGCUUCUUGUAGCGAUCGUUGCAGCGUAUUGGUUAUGGUUCAAGAGGAUCUCACGGUGGCUAAAGGGUCCACGUGUGUGGCCUGUAUUGGGCAGUCUCCCUGGUCUGAUAGAGCAGCGUGACAGGAUGCAUGAAUGGAUCACAGAGAACCUCCGUGCGUGCGGCGGUACUUACCAGACUUGUAUCUGUGCAAUGCCUUUCUUGGCAAAGAAGCAAGGUCUCGUGACUGUCACGUGUGACCCGAGGAAUCUUGAACACAUGCUCAAGACCCGGUUUGAUAAUUAUCCUAAGGGUCCAACGUGGCAAUCCGUCUUCCACGACCUUCUCGGUCAAGGUAUUUUCAACUCUGACGGAGACACUUGGCUAUUCCAACGCAAAACCGCUGCUCUUGAAUUCACAACAAGAACGUUGCGGCAAGCCAUGGGAAGGUGGGUAAACCGAGGAAUUAAGCUCCGGUUCUGUCCAAUUCUUGAAUCAGCUCAAGCCAAAGCCGAGCCGAUUGAUCUGCAGGACUUGAUACUCCGGCUCACAUUUGAUAACAUUUGCGGGUUGGCGUUCGGUAAGGACACAAAAACCUGCGCGCCGGGGCUGCCCGAGAACAGUUUUGCGACGGCAUUCGACCGAGCCACCGAAGCAUCGCUCCAAAGGUUUAUUUUGCCGGAGUUUAUGUGGAAGCUGAAGAAAUGGCUUGGACUGGGCCUAGAAGUCAGUUUGAGCCGAAGCUUGGAAGAAAUGGAUGGAUAUUUAGCCAAGGUCAUUAAUACACGUAAGCAGGAGCUGAUGAGUCAGCAAGAGAGUGGACACGACGAUCUCCUCUCGCGUUUCAUGAUGAAGAAGAAAGAAGCGUACAGCGACACUUUCCUCCAACACGUGGUGCUUAACUUCAUCCUAGCUGGACGUGACACGUCAUCAGUUGCGCUGAGCUGGUUCUUCUGGCUCAUCACGAUGCAUCCGACCGUCGAGGAACAAAUCGUCCGCGAGAUCUGCUCCGUUCUGAUCGAGACACGUGGCAUUGAGAACGCCGCGUCAUGGACUCAGGAGCCUUUAAAUUUUGACGAGAUCGACCGAUUGGUUUACCUGAAGGCGGCGCUCUCUGAGACGCUCAGGCUUUACCCUUCGGUGCCGGAAGACUCGAAGCACGUGGAGAACGACGACGUUUUACCUGACGGGACUUUCGUGCCGGCGGGAUCUUCGGUGAGUUACUCGAUAUACGCGGCGGGGAGGAUGAAGUCGACUUGGGGAGAAGAUUGUCUCGAGUUUAUCCCGGAGAGAUGGAUCUCCCCCAUCGACGGCAAAUUCAUAAACCACGACCAGUAUAGAUUCGUGGCAUUCAAUGCAGGACCAAGGAUCUGCCUCGGAAAAGAUCUUGCCUAUCUUCAGAUGAAGAGCAUCGCGGCCGCGGUGCUUCUACGUCACCGGAUCACGGUGGUUCCGGGACACAGAGUGGAGCAGAAGAUGUCUUUGACUCUUUUUAUGAAGAACGGGCUUCUGGUUAAUCUGCAUAAGAGGGAUCUCGAAGGAACCAUAAAGAGUCUAGUGGUGGCGAAGGGUGACGGUGUCAUCGACGGCAAAUGUGACGGCGUCGCCGUUUGAUGGAUGAUGGUAAGCAAUGGAAGUUACGUUGGCUUAGAGCCGACAACGUCUCUGAUUUAUAAACACAUUUUUUAUUCCAAAGAAGAAAAAAAAACAUGUUGGACAGAAAUACGAUUAAUGGUUUUAAAUUUGUUCAACAUGAAACUGUAAGCAUAUACACUUCAAUAGUAACUUUUUUUUUUUUUUCAAUAGUAACUUUCUGGCUUUGUUUUGUUUCUGUAAACUUGAAAUUUUAUUUCAUAUAUGAAUGUAUUGUAUUCUCUAUAAUCUUUCCAACUAGCUCUCUCGUAACGAGAGUCUCGUUUCUUCAUUUCAUAACAAACAAAAACAAGGCUCUGAAUAUUGGUUUUAUAAGGUUUGCAUGCAUGCAUAUUUGGAGCAACUUUUAAAAAACUUUUUUUUGGCGUCCAAUUAGAGAUCAGUUUUUAACAUUACAUGGGAAAAGUUACCAUAUACUAUAUGGCCAGUCACUUGUAUAUUAAUAUUAUCCAAUUUUUUUUUGCUAAAAGUAGUAUCCACAUUCCAAAUUCAUCAAGAAAAAAAAUGAUCAUAAACAAACUACAAUGGGAAACGACUGAGCCACAAUCUUUACCGGACUUUGUUUGUUUUUCUUUCAUAUUUGAAAGGGAAUAUAUUUUAGAGUAUGCUACUAAUUAAUAUAUCAUUCAAAAAGAUGAGGGGAAAAUACUAAAAUCAUUAAAUGUAAUUCAUUAUCCAAUGCAUGUUCAACGAAAGUUUUUCCUCCAACAAUCCAUUAAAAAGUAGAAAG